AUGGACCUUAGGCUACUUCAUGGUGUGGCCUAUGGACAUCCUUGGUUUGGAAGAUGGGGAUAUCGGUUUCUCUGUGGCAGUUUUGGGGUAAAAGAUUAUCAUUAUAAUAGGUCUCUGGAACUACUUAGCUCCCUGGAACUCGAUAAGAUAAUUCAAGACUUAAGCUGUACCGAGAGAUGCAAGGAAGUCAAGCAUAUCAUUCGCUGCUAUAGAGAUUUGAGUGAGACCAAUUUGGUCACCUUGCGAGAUCUCUUCAGGUUUAUGUUGACUCUCAAGUCCAGGGCUGAGGGGGGAAGAAAUGCAGCCAGCUCCAAUUCUAAAGUGCGCAGAUGGCCUGUUAAAAGACUGGAGUUUACAGCUAAUGUAAUUGUUGAAGCCUUGAAAAAGAAGCAAGCCGAAAACAACUUUUUGAGACCUUUGAUGAAUAGGCAGGAGGUACGAGAUGCAGCUCGCCAACAAAUUGGUGAUACUGGUUUGAUCGAUUAUGUGCUGAAAUCACUGAACAAUGUUGUGGUUGGGGAUUACAUAGUCAAGCGCAUGAUGACUGUGUCGAAUCCUACAAAUCAUGGAGAUAAUGUUUAUGCUGGUGCCUCGUACUUGUAUGCCAAUGUCCUUUUGGACCAUCCCAAAUCAGAGAUUGUCAAAUCAGCUGCUAGGACAGUUCUGAACAAGACAGAAACUGAACUUACUAGGGAGUUGUCUAUUGGAGAGUACAUUGUUGUUCCCCUGCAUUCUACUAUCGGCGAUUUAAAGUUGGCAAUCCAAAAUGCAAUGAGGGACACUUAUUGCAUAACAAGUGAAUUUGUGGUCACUGAUAUUGAAGGAACUGGGGGAAUGGGAGAUGACGAAUUGAUAUUUGGUUUUAUUCAGUCUGGCUUAGAACUUUGGGUCAGAGGUUACGGACUCGAUUUGGAUACUGAUUUGAAGUACGAAGGUGGAGCAGACAAUUGGAAAGUCAAUUGUAAAUGUGGCGCUCAAGAUGAUGAUGGUGAGAGGAUGAUUGCAUGUGAUAUGUGUGGGGUAUGGCAUCAUACCUACUGUUGUGGCAUCGAAGAUUCUCAAGCUGCGGCCUCAGUUUUCAUUUGCGAUACAUGCUAUGCUUUGCUGAACCCAACUGUAGAACAGCCUAUCUACGAAAUGCAGUAUCAUCAAGCUCUGAUGCCCUCUCCGGAAUCUUACAUCUACUAUCCGGAUUCUUCUUUGCUCAGUUUCGAAGGUACUGACUGUCUAUUGAGUUAG